CAAUUGCUCCUCAAGAUGUUUAGGUCUGGUAGAAGGCAACUUUGGAAACAAAGUGUUACAAGAGUUUUAAAGCAAAAAUUAAAAGAAGAAAAAGAAGCCAAGAGGGCACAGUUAGAUGGUAGACAUGACUAUGUCCUUGGGAUUGUCGCAUCCUGCUUGGAUUUGGAAAAGUCGGAGGUGGAAGAUGCGAUUUUGGAGGGUAAUCAGAUCGAACGAAUUGAUCGCUUUUUUGGUAUUGGGGGACUCCGACAUCUUAUGUUUUAUUAUCAAGACGUAGAGGCGGCUGAAACAGGUAAUUUGGGAUCCUUUGGAGCAGUCACUUCUUCAUUAGUGGCAAGAAACAAAAAGCCAAAGGUUUUUGUAACCGAAGGAAAAGAUGCUGCAUUGACUGGUAUUUGUGUUUUUUUCAUUCGGUCCAACACUGCAAAACCAAUAACAACAGAGAAUGUACAUCGGGAGGUGAAUUUCAAUAUGAUAGAUACAUCUGGAAAUAGCUUGCUAAGAAGUGUGGAGUCUUUGUUGUCUGACAUAUUUAUUCCCUCUCUGAAAUCUACGGAAUCUGCCUGGGGAGAUGUGGUUGACCCUCAGCAAGCUGGCAACAUCAGGCAAGAUUUCCUCGGCUCUUUGGAAGGAUUUGUUGAUGUACUAGCUGGUGCUCAGCAUUGUCUGAUGGAAAAGGUUAACCUGGAGAAGUGUGAAACAUUUGAUUUAAGAACACUGAGGGGACCUGCUGAUCACUUGGCUGUAGCAAGCAGCACAGAGGGUCUAGAGAGGAUUGAGAGCUGUAUGAGAGUAUGGAUCAAACAAAUAGAACAGGUUCUGGCAGAGAGCAACCAGUUGCGAAAGGAAGCAGAUGACCUUGGUCCUAGAGCAGAACUGGAUCACUGGAAGAAGAGACUGUCUAAGUUUAACUACUUGCUGGAUCAAUUAAAAACUGCUGAAGUAAAGGCUGUUCUGGGAGUCCUAUUGGCAGCUAAAUCAAAACUUCUCAAGACUUGGCGACAAUUGGAUAUACGGAUUACAGACUCUGCAAAUGAAGCAAAGGACAAUGUUAAGUAUCUGUACACUUUGGAAAAGUUUUGUGAUCCACUUUACAACAGUGACCCAGUGUCUAUGAUGGACUCUAUUCCAAGAUUGAUGAAUGCAAUAGGAAUGAUUCAUAGCAUUUCCAGAUACUACAACACCUCUGAAAAAAUCUCAUCUCUAUUUGUAAAGGUUACUAAUCAGAUGAUAACUGCCUGCAAGUCUUACAUCACUAACAAGAAAACCGCCACAAUCUGGGAUCAACCUCAGGAUAUUGUGCUUGACAAAAUGAGAGCAGCAAUUCAACUCAAUCAGUGGUAUCAACAUGUAUUUCGCAAGACCAAAGAAACACUGGAACAAACACCCUCUGAAAGACAGUUUGAUUUUAGUGAAGUGUACAUUUUUGGAAAAUUUGACACCUUCCAGAAAAGGCUUGAGAAAAUCAUCCGUAUCUUUGAAACAAUUACAGCAUAUUCAUCUCUAAGAGAUUCUAAAAUUGAAGGUCUGGAAGUCAUGGCAACAAAAUUUCAGUCUAUUGUUUUUACAAUCAAGAAAAAGCAAUAUGACUUCUUGGAUCAGCGGAAAACUGAAUUUGAUGAUGAUUAUGAGGAUUUUGUUAAACAGACAAAUGACGUCCAUAAUCAACUGAAGACAUUCAUGGAAUCUACAUUUGAAAGGAUUCACAACACUGAAAGAGCUUUCCUUAUGCUAAAAAAGUUUGAAAGAUUAGGAAUACCAGACUUGGGGAUUGAUGACAAGUAUCAAAAAAUCCUUCAGAACUAUGGUCAUGACAUUGAAAUGGUCUCCCGGGUUUACACAAAGCAGAAAAAUGAACCACCAUUAGGGCGUGAUUUGCCCCCUAUUGCCGGAAAAAUUCUGUGGGCACGUCAACUAUUUCACAAAAUUCAAGGUCCGAUGGAUCUUUUUCAACAGCAUCCUACUGUUCUUCAUACAGAAGAAGCCAAGCGCAUAAUCCGCAACUAUAAUAAAGUCUCAAAAGUUCUUUUAGAAUAUGAAGUCGUCUUUCAUCGGGGCUGGCUAAAACAGGUGGAAAUUGCCAAGUCUGGUCUCCAAGCUUCUCUGUUGGUCAAGGCUCCAGAAACAGGGGACUUAUAUGUGAACUUUGAUCCUAUGAUAUUGACAUUGAUCCGAGAAUCUGAAUGCAUGGCUCGAAUGGGUCUUGAGAUACCUCCAUUUGCUGUUGCUCUCCAGCAAAAUCAGGACCUGUACAAAAAUAAUUUUAAUAAAUUACAGAUGAUGCUUAAGGAAGAUAAGAGAGUUAGAUCAAAAAUCCAUCAUCCACUUGAUCAACUUAUGGCUCCACAUAUAGCUAAAGUCGAUGAAGCUAUUCAACCGGGCUUAACGUCACUAAACUGGACUUCAUUAAAUAUUGAGAAAUAUGUGAAUACAAUUACUGAGAAACAUGCUGAGCUUGAGCUAUUGCUGGAUAGAAUCAAUGACUUGGUUGAAUUCAGGAUUGAUGCAGUGCUACAGGAAAUGAGCACAACCCCUCUGUGUAAACUUCCUGAGGAAGAACCAUUAACCUGUGAUGAAUUUCUCCACAUGACCAAGGAUCUCUGUGGAAAAGGUGCAUUGAUGUUGCAAACAAAAAGUUCCAUGGUUGAAGAAGCAGCUAAUGAGCUUAUAAAUAUGCUGCUUGAUUUAGAAGUUCAUUCUACAGAUGAUGAUACAAAAUCAGUAACCGGAAGUAAAAAUAUGAAUGAAGCAGAACAUAAGGAUGCUGAUGAAGGAAAACCAAUUACAUUGACACAUACCGAUAAUGCCAGCCAGGCUACCUUAGGUCCACUGUCUCCAGUGAACAAGAAAAAGAAGAAAGAUAUGAUGGAGAUAUUAGAAGAAGAAGCUCAAGAACUUUUGUCACAUUUCAAUCAUCGCAAUCUUGAAGCGCUGUUAAAAGUUACUAGAAAUACUUUAGAGACCAUUAGGAAAAGGAUUCAAACAUCUUCAAUGAUCAGCUUUCUAGAUGGCAACAAACCAUCAAAGCAAAAAACAAGUGGCCAGCCAAUCUUCAAGACCAAUAUUACCUUAGCAAUCCCAAACAUUAGUAUGGUGCCAGCAUUGGAUGAAGUUCAACAAACCCUUAAUAAAGCAGUGGAGACCAUUGUCACUGUAACAAAAGGAGUGGCACAAUGGAGCCAUGAGAGGAUGUCAAAGAAGAAAAUUUUAGAACGGAAGAUAGCAGCAAUGAGGAAAAACAGUAUGGAUAGUGAUUCUGAAGAUGGCCUACUGGAAGUAGCAGGAAAGAAUACCCAUGAAAAUGCUUCUGACGUGACGUCUAUCAAUGUAUCUGGUCAAAGGCGGCACAAAAAUUACUUUAAGAGUGUUUCAGAAAAUAAAGAGAUUGUUAAACUUUGUUCUGUCUUAAGUACAUCAAUAAAUGCAACCAAAAAGGAAGUGCUAACUGCACUGGAGAGAUUUAAGUGUUAUCAUCAUAUUUGGCAGAGUGAUAAGGACAGUGUAAUUGAGAAAUUUGUUGCUGGCAACCCUUUGUUAUCGGAGUUUGAAUCUCAAAUUCUAUAUUAUCGUGAUCUUGAACUGUCAAUCAACUGUGAGCCAGAAUUUAUUUGUGUUGGUACCAUAGCAUUGUACACUGCUGAUCUGAAAUUAGCACUAACUUCAGAGACAAAGGCUUGGAUGGUUGACCUUGGUCAACAUUGUAACAAGAAAUACAGGACGGAAAUGGAAAACAUAUUUACUUUCAUUGAAGAAAUGAGUAAAAAACUAAACAGACCUAUCAAGGAUUUGGAUGACAUAAGGAUAGCCAUGGCAGCACUGAAAGAAAUCAGAGAACAACAGAUUUCUAUAGAUUUUCAAGUGGGACCUAUCGAGGAAUCAUAUGCUAUGUUGAAUAAGUAUGAGCUCCUGGUGGCAAAGGAGGAAACAGAAAAAGUGGACACACUGCGCUAUACUUGGGAAAAAAUUCUGGUUCGAGGAAAUGAAGUGCAGAAUGAGCUUGUGGCUAUUCAACCUAAUUUUAGAGGAGAAUUGAUAAGCACUGUCCAAAACUUCAUUGAAGACUGUUCUGAUUUCUAUUCUGAUUAUGACGGGAAUGGACCAAUGAUUGUUGGCCUAGCUCCUCAAGAGGCUAGUGACAGAUUGAUCAUGUUCCAGAACCGCUUUGACAAUCUCUAUCGAAAAUACAUUACUUACACUGGUGGAGAAGAGCUUUUUGGCUUGCAAGUUACUCAUUACCCUCAACUAUUGGAAAUAAAAAAACAGCUUAACUUGCUUCACAAAUUGUACAGUUUGUACAACAAUGUAAUUGACACAGUGAAUGGCUACUAUGAUAUUCAUUGGUCAGAUGUAAACAUUGAAAAAAUCAAUAGCGAACUUCAAGAGUUUCAGAAUAGAUGUCGCAAGCUUCCACGGGCUUUGAAGGAGUGGACAGCCUUUCUGGAUUUAAAGAAAACUAUUGAUGAUUUCAGUGAAUGCUGUCCACUUCUGGAGUUAAUGUCUAAUAAAGCAAUGAUGACUCGACAUUGGAAGCGGAUAACUGAUGUUACUAAUCACCUUUUUGAAGUGGAAAAUGAAAGAUUUAAGCUGCGAAACAUAAUGGAAGCACCUUUAUUAAGGUGUAAAGAAGAGAUAGAGGACAUCUGCAUUAGCGCAGUCAAAGAAAGGGAUAUUGAACAGAAAUUGAAGCAAGUGAUUGCUGAAUGGGACAACAAAACCUUUACUUUUGCCAAUUUCAAAACACGUGGAGAACUUCUUCUGAGAGGCGAUAGCACUUCUGAAAUCAUAGCAAGCAUGGAAGACAGCCUUAUGAUGUUAGGCUCUCUUAUGAGCAACAGGUACAAUACUCCAUUCAAAGCACAAAUUCAGAAAUGGGUUCAGUAUCUCUCGAAUACAACGGAUAUUAUUGAGAACUGGAUGACUGUUCAGAACCUGUGGAUAUACCUGGAAGCAGUGUUUGUGGGAGGUGAUAUAGCAAAACAGCUUCCAAAGGAAGCUAAGCGUUUUUCAAAUAUUGACAAAUCUUGGGUUAAAAUUAUGACUCGUGCACAUGAGAUGCCCAAUGUUGUACAGUGCUGUGUGGGAGAUGAAACAAUGGGACAACUUUUACCUCACCUACUGGAACAGCUUGAGAUCUGUCAGAAGUCACUUACAGGAUACUUGGAAAAAAAAAGAUUACUUUUCCCUCGCUUCUUCUUUGUUUCGGAUCCUGCACUUUUGGAGAUUCUAGGUCAGGCAUCAGAUUCUCAUACUAUCCAGGCUCAUCUCCUCAAUGUUUUUGAUAAUAUAAAGACAGUGAAAUUUCAUGACAAGGUUUAUGAUCGGAUCUUGUCCAUAUCUUCACGGGAGGGUGAGACUAUCGAUCUGCACAAGCAUGUCAUGGCUGAGGGCAAUGUGGAAGUUUGGCUCAAUGCCCUUUUAAAGGAAUCUCAGUUGUCUCUUCAUCUUGUGAUUCGACAGUCAGCACUUGUCAUUCAAGACAGCGAAUUUAAACUGAUUGAAUUUCUUUCAUCAUUCCCUGCUCAGGUCGGUUUACUGGGAAUUCAAAUGAUAUGGACAAGGGAUGCAGAAGAAGCACUCACCAAUGCAAAAUAUGACAAAAAAAUUAUGCAAAAGACUAACCAGUCCUUCUUAGAGCUUCUCAACACAUUGAUUGAUAUGACAACAAAGGAUCUUAGCAUGGUGGAGCGCAUUAAAUAUGAGACUUUGAUCACCAUUCAUGUACACCAAAGAGAUAUUUUUGAUGACCUGUGUCGCAUGCAUAUCAAAAGUCCAACAGAUUUUGAGUGGCUGAAACAGUGCAGAUUUUAUUUCAAUGAAGACUCUGAUAAAAUGUUUAUCAAUAUUACUGAUGUGACAUUUAUUUACCAAAAUGAGUUUUUAGGCUGCACUGACAGACUGGUCAUCACUCCCCUGACAGACAGAUGCUAUAUUACCCUUGCCCAGGCUUUGGGAAUGAGCAUGGGAGGUGCACCAGCCGGCCCUGCUGGAACAGGCAAGACAGAAACUACAAAGGACAUGGGCAGAUGUCUUGGCAAAUAUGUCGUCGUGUUCAAUUGCUCUGACCAGAUGGACUUUAGGGGUUUGGGACGAAUUUUUAAAGGUCUUGCUCAGUCUGGCUCCUGGGGAUGCUUUGAUGAAUUCAACCGUAUAGACCUUCCUGUUUUAUCUGUCGCUGCACAGCAAAUCGCAAUAGUACUUACAUGUAAGAAGGAACGAAAAAGAAAUUUCAUUUUUACAGAUGGAGACAAUGUGGAAAUGAACCCCGAGUUUGGACUCUUCUUAACAAUGAACCCUGGUUAUGCUGGAAGGCAAGAACUGCCAGAGAAUUUGAAGAUUAAUUUCCGCUCUGUGGCUAUGAUGGUGCCUGAUCGGCAGAUCAUUAUUCGUGUGAAACUAGCCAGCUGUGGUUUUAUUGAUAAUAUUGUUCUUGCCAGAAAGUUCUUCACUCUUUACAAACUGUGUGAAGAGCAGCUCUCCAAACAGGUUCAUUAUGACUUUGGUCUGAGAAAUAUUUUGUCAGUUUUAAGAACACUGGGUGCUGCUAAAAGGUCAAAUCCAACUGACACAGAAUCUACAAUUGUUAUGCGUGUUCUAAGGGACAUGAAUCUUUCAAAAUUGAUUGAUGAAGAUGAACCUUUGUUCUUAAGUCUCAUUGAAGAUCUCUUUCCAAGUAUACAACUAGACAAAGCUGGCUACCCUGAGUUGGAAGCAGCUAUUGUAAAACAGGUUGAAGAAGCUGGUUUAAUUUGUCAUCCACCUUGGAAACUUAAGGUUAUCCAACUCUAUGAAACUCAAAGAGUUAGACAUGGAAUGAUGACGUUGGGACCAAGUGGAGCUGGUAAAACAACCUGCAUUCAUACGUUAAUGAAAGCAAUGACGGAUUGUGGGAAGCCACACAGGGAAAUGAGAAUGAAUCCAAAAGCAAUAACUGCCCCUCAGAUGUUUGGUCGUCUUGAUGUAGCCACUAAUGAUUGGACUGAUGGUAUCUUUUCCACCCUGUGGAGAAAAACACUUCGGGCCAAAAGAGGGGAACAUAUCUGGAUUGUACUUGAUGGUCCAGUUGAUGCUAUAUGGAUUGAGAACUUGAACUCUGUACUGGAUGAUAACAAAACUCUAACAUUGGCCAAUGGAGACCGGAUUCCAAUGGCCCCCAACUGCAAGAUUAUCUUUGAGCCACAUAACAUUGACAAUGCUUCUCCUGCCACAGUGUCUAGAAAUGGCAUGGUUUUCAUGAGUUCUUCAGUACUCAACUGGAAUCCUAUUCUUGAGGGAUGGUUGAAAAAACGGUCUUCGAUAGAAGGAGAAAUUCUGCGCAAACUGUACAGUUCCUCUUUCUCAGAAUUGUAUCGCUACAGUGUUCAGUUUUUAGAGUACAAGAUGGAGAUGCUGGAAGCAUUUGUAAUUAUGCAAAGCAUUAACAUGUUACAAGGCCUUAUCCCUCCAAAGGAACAAGGAGGAGAAAUAAGCAAAGAUCAUUUGGAGAGGCUUUAUGUAUUCUCUUUAAUGUGGAGUAUUGGUGCUCUACUGGAACUGGAUGAUAGAAAGAAAAUGGAGCAGUGGCUACGCAAUCAUGAAACCGUGCAGCUUGAUCUUCCUAAGAUCCCACCAGGAAGUGAAGAUACAAUGUUUGACUAUUAUGUGACUGCUGAGGGAAAAUGGAUACAUUGGAAUACAUCUGUAGCAGAGUACAUCUACCCCUCAGACAGCACUCCAGAAUAUGGAUCGAUCUUGGUGCCAAAUGUAGAUAAUGUCCGGACAGACUUCUUGAUAGAAACAAUUGCCAAGCAAGGAAAGGCUGUGCUAUUAAUUGGAGAGCAAGGGACAGCAAAAACUGUGAUCAUCAAGGGAUAUGUGUCAAAAUACAAUCCCGAGAAUCACAUGGCAAAGAGUCUAAACUUUUCUUCAGCUACUACACCAUUGAUGUUUCAGCGAACGAUUGAGAGCUAUGUGGAUAAGCGCAUGGGAACGACAUAUGGUCCUCCUGCAGGAAAGAAAAUGACAGUCUUUAUUGAUGAUAUAAAUAUGCCCAUUAUAAAUGAAUGGGGGGAUCAGGUGACUAAUGAAAUUGUACGACAGCUCAUGGAACAGAAUGGGUUUUACAAUCUGGAAAAACCUGGAGAAUUCACAAAUAUUGUAGACAUCCAGUUCCUUGCUGCCAUGAUCCACCCUGGUGGAGGAAGGAAUGAUAUUCCACAGAGGUUGAAAAGGCAGUUUUCUGUAUUUAACUGCACGUUACCAUCCAAUGCUUCAAUUGACAAAAUCUUUGGUGUCAUUGGACAAGGUCAUUACUGUUCUCAGAGAGGAUUUACAGAUGAUAUAAAAAGAGCUGUGAUAAAGCUUGUGCCAUUGACUCGGAAAUUAUGGCAGUUGACUAAAAUCAAAAUGUUACCCACUCCAGCCAAGUUUCAUUAUAUAUUUAACCUUCGAGAUCUUUCCAAAAUUUGGCAGGGGAUGUUAAACUCUACUUCUGAAGUAAUUAAAGAUCAUACAGUGUUGGUCAAGCUCUGGAAACAUGAAUGUAAACGUGUUAUUGCAGAUCGAUUUACAACUCCAGAAGAUGUAGAUUGGUUUGAUAAAACAUUGUUGAAAUUGGUAGAGGAUGAAUUUGGUGAAGGGAGAAAAUCUACAGACCUUGCCACUGAUGAUUAUUUUGUUGACUUUCUAAGAGAUGCACCUGAGGCAACAGGCGAAGAACCUGAAGACGCAGAUUUUGACAUGCCUAAAAUUUAUGAACCUAUUGCAUCAUUUGAUCAGCUAAAGGAACGCUUGAACAUGUUCCUUCAAAUGUUCAAUGAAAGCAUUCGUGGAGCUGGAAUGGACAUGGUCUUCUUCAGAGAUGCCAUGAUUCACUUGAUAAAGAUUUCACGAAUCCUUCGCACUCCAGGAGGAAAUGCACUACUUGUUGGAGUUGGUGGUUCAGGAAAACAGAGCCUAACUAAACUUGCAUCUUACAUUGCGGGUUACAAGGCAUUUCAAAUCACUUUAACCAGAUCUUACAACACUACAAAUCUUAUGGAAGACCUGAAGAUCCUAUACCGGACUGCUGGCCAGCAAGGCAAAGGCAUCACUUUUAUCUUUACUGACAAUGAGAUAAAAGAUGAGUCAUUCUUGGAAUACAUGAAUAAUGUGUUAUCUUCAGGAGAGGUUUCUAAUUUGUUUGCAAGGGAUGAAAUUGAUGAAAUUACCAGUGACCUUAUCCCUGUCAUGAAAAAAGAAUACCCUCGCCGGCCUCCAACAAAUGAAAACUUAUAUGACUUUUUCAUGUCACGAGUCCGGCAAAAUCUUCAUGUGGUGCUUUGUUUUUCACCCGUUGGCGAAAAGUUUAGAAAUCGAGCACUUAAGUUUCCUGCACUUAUUUCUGGUUGUACAAUGGACUGGUUUAGCAGAUGGCCCAAGGAUGCCUUAAUUGCUGUGUCUGAACAUUUCCUAUCAUCAUAUGACAUUGACUGCACUGUGGAAACAAAAAAAGAGGUGGUUGAGUGUAUGGGUUCAUUCCAAGAUGGAGUGGCAGAAAAGUGUGUAGAUUAUUUCCAAAGAUAUCGUCGUUCUACUCAUGUGACACCUAAAUCAUACUUAUCCUUUAUUCAAGGAUACAAAGCAAUUUAUAAAGAGAAACAUACAGAAGUACAAACACUGGCAAACAGAAUGAACACAGGUUUAGAAAAGCUGAAAGAAGCUUCUGAAUCUGUGGCGGCCUUGAGCAAGGAAUUGGAGGUGAAAGAAAAGGAAUUGCAAGUUGCCAAUCAAAAGGCAGACAUGGUGUUAAAAGAAGUCACUGUGAAAGCACAGGCGGCUGAAAAGGUUAAAGCCGAAGUACAGAAAGUGAAAGACAAGGCUCAAUCAAUUGUAGAUAGUAUUUCAGCAGACAAAGCCAUUGCAAAACAAAAGCUUGAAGCUGCUGAACCUGCCCUCCAGGAAGCUGAAGCAGCUCUAUUGACUAUUAAGCCUUCUGACAUUUCUACAGUACGGACAUUGGGAAGACCACCUCAUCUUAUUAUGAGAAUUAUGGACUGUGUGCUCUUACUGUUCCAAAGAAAAGUCAAUCCUGUAAAAAUGGACCCAGAGAAAGGAUGUACAGUUCCCUCAUGGCAAGAAUCCCUCAAGCUCAUGAUCGGGAACCUCUUACAGAGUCUUCAGCAAUUUCCAAAAGACACAAUCAAUGAAGAAAUGGUAGAACUUCUAGCCCCAUACUUUGAAAUGCCGGAUUACAACAUCGAGACUGCAAAGAGGGUGUGUGGAAAUGUGGCUGGACUUUGUUCCUGGACAAAAGCAAUGGCUUCUUUUUUUUCUAUAAACAAAGAGGUCUUGCCAUUAAAGGCUAAUUUAGCAGUUCAGGAGAGCAGACUUGCUACUGCCAAUUUGGACUUACAAAAAGCACAGGCAGAAUUAGAUGCUAAGCAAGCUGAGCUCGAUGUUGUACAAGCACAGUAUGAAAAGGCGAUGAUGGAAAAGCAGACUCUGAUGGAAGAUGCAGAUAGAUGCAGACAUAAGAUGCAAACUGCUUCUAGCUUGAUCAGUGGCCUUGCAGGAGAAAAAGAAAGAUGGACUGAGCAAAGUAAAGAGUUUGCUGCACAGACUAAGAGACUUGUCGGUGAUGUGCUACUUGCUACAGCUUUCCUGUCAUACUCCGGACCAUUUAAUCAAGAAUUUCGCAACUUCCUUUUGACGGAUUGGCGAAAGGAAAUGAAAACUAGAAAAAUUCCAUUUGGAUUAAAUUUAAAUCUAACAGAUAUGUUAGUAGACACUCCAACUAUCAGCGAAUGGAAUCUGCAAGGCUUGCCAAAUGAUGAUCUCUCCAUUCAGAAUGGAAUCAUUGUAACAAAAGCAGCACGUUAUCCAUUGUUGAUUGAUCCACAGACACAGGGAAAAAUAUGGAUAAAAAAUAAAGAAAUCAAAAAUGAGCUUCAGAUUACUUCCCUCAACCACAAGUACUUUAGAAAUCAUCUAGAGGACAGUCUCUCACUUGGAAGACCACUGCUAAUUGAGGAUAUUGGUGAAGAGCUUGAUCCAGCUCUAGAUAAUGUUUUGGAGAAAAACUUUAUCAAAACUGGAUCUACUUACAAAGUGAAAGUUGGAGAUAAGGAAGUUGAUGUCAUGAAUGGAUUUAGACUCUACAUUACCACUAAGCUUCCUAACCCAGCAUACACUCCAGAAAUAAGUGCCCGCACCUCUAUUAUUGACUUCACUGUGACCAUGAAAGGCCUGGAAGACCAACUACUUGGACGAGUCAUACUUACAGAAAAACAGGAACUAGAACAGGAAAGGACAGAUCUCAUGGAAGAUGUGACUGCUAACAAGCGAAAGAUAAAAGAGUUGGAAGACAACCUGCUGUACAGAUUAACAAGCACACAAGGUUCUCUGGUUGAUGAUGAGAGUCUCAUCACUGUGCUUGGUAAUACCAAGAGGACAUCAGAUGAGGUCACUCAGAAACUUAAGAUAUCAGCUGAGACUGAAAUACAAAUCAACUCUGCUCGAGAAGAAUACAGGCCUGUUGCUACUAGAGGGAGCAUAUUAUAUUUCUUGAUAACAGAAAUGAGUAUGGUUAAUGUAAUGUACCAAACCUCACUUCGACAGUUCUUGGGAGUUUUUGAUUUAUCAUUAGCCAGAUCUGCAAAAAGCCCUAUUACCAGCAAAAGGAUUGCAAACAUAAUUGAGCACAUGACAUAUGACGUCUAUAAAUAUGCUGCAAGGGGACUAUAUGAGGAGCAUAAAUUCCUAUUUACAUUGCUGCUCACGCUGAAGAUUGACAUGCAAAGCAACAGAGUGAAACAUGAUGAGUUCCUAACCUUGAUUAAAGGUGGUGCAUCUUUAGAUUUGAAAGCCUGUCCUCCCAAACCGUUUAAAUGGAUACUGGAUAUGACAUGGUUAAAUCUUGUGGAAUUAAGUAAACUGAGGCAAUUUUCUCACAUUCUUGACCAGAUUACAAGAAAUGAAAAGCAGUGGAAAUUAUGGUUUGAUAAAGAUUAUCCAGAAGAGGAACUUAUUCCAAGUGGAUAUGAUCAAGUACUUGAUUGCUUUCAACGCCUACUCUUGAUCCGAUCUUGGUGUCCUGACAGAACUAUUGCACAGGCCAGGAAGUAUAUAAUGGAAUCGAUGGGAAGUAAAUAUGCUGAAGGAGUGAUUUUAGAUUUGGAGAAAACCUGGGAAGAAUCUAACCCUCGAACACCCCUCAUUUGCUUCCUUUCCAUGGGAUCUGAUCCAACAGAUACUAUCAUUGCCCUUGGAAAGAGACAGAAGAUAGAGACACGUUAUGUUUCUAUGGGACAAGGUCAAGAAGUUCAUGCACGAAAACUUCUACAGCAAACAAUGACUAAUGGUGGAUGGGCUUUGUUACAAAAUUGCCAUCUAGGUCUGGAUUUUCUAGAUGAGCUGAUGGACACAAUUAUAGAGACUGAGACUAUGCAUGAAUCAUUUCGUUUAUGGAUGACUACAGAAGUUCACAAGCAAUUUCCCAUCACCCUUCUACAAAUGUCAAUUAAAUUUACCAAUGAGCCACCACAGGGACUUAGAGCUGGACUGAAGAGAACAUAUGGUGGUGUGAGCCAAGAUUUACUUGAUGUCAGCAGUAUGACUCAAUGGAAGCCCAUGUUGUAUGCAGUUGCCUUCCUACACUCAACCAUACAAGAGAGAAGAAAGUUUGGACCACUGGGAUGGAAUAUUCCAUAUGAAUUUAAUCAAGCAGACUUUAAUGCAACAAUACAAUUUAUUCAGAAUCAUCUUGAUGACAUGGACAUUAAAAAGGGAGUUUCCUGGACUACUGUACGGUACAUGAUAGGUGAAAUCCAGUAUGGAGGAAGAGUUACUGAUGACUAUGACAAAAGAUUGCUGAACACAUUUGCUAAAGUCUGGUUUGGUGAACCCACAUUUAACCAGGAAUUUUCAUUUUACAAGGGAUAUAAUAUUCCAAAAUGCACUACUGUUGACCAAUACCUUCAGUACAUCCAGGGAUUGCCAACUUAUGAUACCCCAGAGGUGUUUGGAUUACAUCCCAACGCAGAUAUAACGUACCAAAGUAAGCUGGCAAAAGAUGUUUUGGAUACCAUCCUUAGUAUUCAGCCAAAGGACAGCUCUGGUGGAGGUGGUGAGACAAGAGAAGCGGUAGUUGCAAGAUUGGCAGAUGAUAUGCUAGAGAAACUCCCUGCUGACUAUGUACCAUUUGAAGUCAGAGAAAGACUCCUAAAAAUGGGCCCAUUCCAACCAAUGAACAUUUUUCUCCGUCAAGAAAUUGACAGAAUGCAGAGAAUAAUAAGCCUGGUGCGAACAACCCUUACAGAUCUAAAACUUGCCAUUGAUGGCACCAUUAUAAUGAGUGAAAACUUAAGAGAUGCUUUAGAUUGUAUGUAUGAUGCAAGAAUUCCAGAGCGCUGGAGAAAGGCAUCGUGGGCUUCAAGCACCCUAGGGUUCUGGUUUACUGAGCUUUUGGAGAGAAAUAGGCAGUUCCAUUCCUGGAUCUUUGAAAGUCGACCAAAUUGUUUUUGGAUGACAGGAUUUUUUAAUCCUCAAGGAUUUUUAACUGCAAUGAGACAGGAAAUUACUCGAGCCAACAAAGGUUGGGCCUUGGAUAGUGUGGUUCUAUGCAAUGAAGUGACUAAGUGGAUGAAGGAUGAUAUUACAAGUCCACCACAGGAAGGUGUUUAUGUGUAUGGUCUAUACCUUGAAGGAGCAGGUUGGGAUAGAAGAAAUAUGAAGCUCAUAGAAUCGAAGCCUAAAGUCUUGUUUGAGUUGAUGCCUGUGAUCAGGAUAUAUGCAGACAAUACAACCGCAAGAGAUCCACGCCUCUACUCCUGUCCAAUAUACAAGAAACCAGUACGUACUGAUCUCAACUACAUUGCUGCAGUUGAUCUAAAAUCCACUCCAAUUCCUGAGCACUGGAUAUUACGUGGUGUUGCACUUCUCUGUGAUGUGAAAUAGAUUGCUAAUUUUUUACAUUCCACCAUCUGACUUUUUAUUAAAUUAUUUAUUUAACAGCUGACUAUCGUAAAUGAUCUAUAUUUUUGU